UAUGCAUAGCACGGAGCGCACAGAUAUCGCAAGAGAGGCAAAAGACAUUGAAAUAUCACGUGAAUAAUAAUUUAUAUAGAGACCACUGUUUUACGUGCCCACAACUUUUUAAUAAUAAUAAUAAUAAUAAUAAUAAUAUAAUAAUAAUAAUAAUAAUAAUAAUAAUAAUAAUAAUAACUCUCGAAUUUCGACGACGGAUUAAACCAGAUGAAAAGGCAAGAUUAGUGUCAAUCUAGAAGAUAACUCAAAAUGAGUGCCAUUGAUAUAACUGAGAUCCUGGAUUACUUGGACGAGAUGAAUUUAACGGAACAAGGAGUAGAUAAUUCUUUCAGCAACAGCGUGGAGCACAACUUCAUAGAGACGCUGGUGUGCCCUCAAAGCUUCAACAAGAGUGCAGUCCUGUACAGCCUAACCCUGUUCUACAUCUUCAUCUUCAUUAUUGGCCUGGUGGCCAACUCUGUGGUGGUGUGGGUGAACCUGCGUGCUGAAAGGAACCGCUAUGAGACGCACUUGUACAUCCUGAACCUGGCCAUCGCCGACCUCUGCGUUGUAGCCACCCUCCCCAUAUGGGUGGUCUCCCUGAUCCAGCAUGGCCACUGGCCCUUUGGCGAGGUGAUGUGCAAGAUCACCCAUCUGAUCUUUAGUGUCAACCUCUUUGGGAGCAUCUUCUUCCUCACCUGCAUGAGCGUCGACCGUUACAUCUCUGUGGUCCUCUUCGGGGACUCCAACAGCCGCAAGAAGAAAGUGGUCCGUCGGCUUAUCUGUAUCUUCGUGUGGCUACUCGCCUUGGCAGCCUCCAUCCCUGAUACCUACUAUCUCAAAACAGGUACCAACCCAAUCAGUGAGGAAACCUCCUGCCGUCCAGCUUAUCCAGGGCACAGUUUCAGGGAGUGGAUGGUAGGGAUCCAACUCAGCUUCAUUGUCUUGGGCUUUGCCAUCCCGUUCCCCGUCAUUGCUGUCUUCUACAUCCUCCUGGCCAGGGUCAUUUCUUCGUCCAGUGACCAAGAAAGGAGGAUCAGUCGCAAAAUCAUCUUUACCUACAUCGUGGUCUUCUUGGUCUGCUGGCUGCCCUAUCAUGCCGUGCUUCUGAUAGAUGCCUUGUCCCUCCUCAACGUGCUACCCUUCAGCUGCGAACUGGAGAACUUCUUGUAUGUGGCCUUGCACUUCACUCAGUGCUUCUCACUCAUUCACUGCUGCGUCAACCCUGUUAUCUAUAACUUCAUCAACAAGAACUACAGGUAUGACCUCAUGAAGGCUUUUAUCUUCAAGUACUCCACCAAAACUGGCCUGGCCAAGCUCAUCGAUGCCUCCAAGGUAUCUGAGACAGAGUACUCGGCAGUGGAGAACAACCAACCAUUGUGAGAUCCAUUGUCCACUCUGGAAAGACAUUGAGCACAGUAGCUUUGGAAAGUCACAAAACAUAUCUAUUCAGUGUGCUAUAUAUAUUUUUUUUCUUGGUUGAACGUGAUCACUUUUGUUCAAUUUUAAUAAGCAGAAGCUUUAUGAUGAUCAGUGAUGCAUAAUUGUGGUACCCUGUAAAGAAACACUGUAAAAGAUAUGAGGACCAAAUGUAAAUAUGUUGUGUUUUGUUUUGUUUUGUAAUAUAAGUAUUAAUAGAAAUUCUGAAUGCUAAGUAACUGACAUUUGCUGGACGUUAGCAUUCCUGAUUACAUCGGGGACAAAGAAGCAAGCAAUCAGCGUUAAGUUCUCAUAGUUUAUAUUUACAGUAACAGCUCUUGGUAUCGCACAAAUGGGGAAGAGCAGAAUUAGAGUUAAGAAUAUCACUGUAAGCUGAUAGAUCAGUAGCUUAUUGAUCAUGCUCCAUUAAAAAAAAAUGCAAUUUAAUCUAUAAAAGAAAACUUUCCAUCAAGCCAAGGCAAAGUAUAGUUCCCAAAACAGACUUUAUUUUUUAAAAUAAAAUGUUCACAGUUUUAGGACACAGAUAAAAUCAUGUUCUCUAUUUUAUUUGAAUGUUUCUUAGUGUAUAUUUAAUAGGA